UUUAUUUUAUUUGACAAUUGCUUAAGUUAUAAUUUAGGUAUUAGAACAUUCAAUAGUUUGGAUUUUAUAUAUUAUUCAAAAAGAUAUGAAUACUUAUGUAUAAAAACAAUUAAAAAAAUAUUUGACAAAUAAUGUGGGUCUUUGGAUACGGUUCUUUAGUAUGGAAAGUUGAUUUUAAGUACGAGUUGAAAGUUUUAGGUUAUAUUGAAGGUUAUCUCAGAAGAUUCUAUCAGCACAGCAUUGAUCACAGAGGAAUACCAGAAAAGCCUGGACGUGUAGUUACUCUAAUACCUUCAGAAGACCCGUGCAGUAAAGUAUGGGGUGUAGCAUACAAAAUAGGAGAAGAGGAUAAAGAACAAGUGACAAAUCAUUUAGAUUAUCGGGAAAAGAAUGGUUAUUCUAAGAAGACUGUCACAUUCCAUCCAAAGGAUGAAAGUCUUGAUCCAUUUAGUCUAACUCUUUAUGUUGCUACAAAAGACAACGAAUCAUACGCAGGUCCGGCUUCAAUAGGGGAUAUUGCAAAACAAGUAAUAAGUUGUAAAGGCCCAAGUGGUACGAAUAAAGAAUAUAUUUAUAACUUGGCAAAGGCAAUGAGACAGCUGUUUCCAGGUGUUAUAGAUGAUCACCUUUUCUCACUCGAAGCUGCAGUAAGACAACUUGAUCCAGAUGUAAAAAAGAAUAGUUAAUACUUAAUAAUGAAAGAAAAUAGUCAAUCUAUUAGAAAAAUUUAUAAUAUUAUUAAAUUAGUAUUUAGUAAAAUUUUAUUUAUUGUUA